AUGUCCUCUGAUCAGAAGACAACACCAACAACAACGACAGCAGCAACUGAUGUGACGACAGGUUUUCAACUUAAUCAAAAAAAAUUGAAAGAACUUGCUGAACAGGCAAAUGCAGUCAAAAUUGGUGGCAAAGGUACAGCUCGUCGUAAAAAGAAAAUUAUUCAUCGUCCAGCUAAUGCUGACGAUAAAAAAUUACAAAGUUCAUUAAAAAAACUUGCUGCUAAUAAUAUUCAAGGAAUUGAAGAGGUUAAUAUGUUUAAAGAUAAUGGUGAAGUUAUUCAUUUUUCAAAUCCUAAAGUACAAGCAUCACUUAGUUCAAAUACAUUUGCUAUUAGUGGACAUUCGGAUACAAAAUCUUUACAAGAAAUGUUACCAACAAUAAUGUCACAAAUGGGUAUGUCAACUGAUAGUGUUCUAGCUAGUGAAGCAGGUCGACGUAAAUUUCCUACACGUACUGAUCAACAAUCAGGUAAUGAACAAACUGGUACAACAAAUGAACAAACAGGUGCUGAUGCAGAUGAUGAAGAAGUACCCGAUCUUGUUGAAAAUUUUGACGAAGUAUCAAACUCAAAAUCGAUUUGCCAUUUGCAAUCUGUCUCUUGUACUGGUAUCAUGUUGCAAUUCUAUAACAUAGUUCUUCUAUGUUUAUUCUUUAUAUGUUCACUAUCGAUGGAUAUUAAAAAUUUUUAUCCUAAUCGAACAAUUGUUUCAUCAAGAACAAUUUAUAAUUUAGUUCAAAUACGUCGUGCUGGUUCUCGAUUUGCUGCUUAUCGUAAUAGAACACAUCGAAAUUUAACGACAAAUAAUUUUCAUCUAUUCGAAAACAAUUCUUUAGAUAAAAAUAAUGAUAAUAUAAAUGUAUAUCAAAAUAACACAGAUGAUUUAAAAAAACUCUUUAGUCAAUAUUUAAAUGAACGUUUAAAAGCAAUGAUUAUAAUUAGUAGUGUGGCAUUGAUAUUUAUGGUAAUAGUCGUUACUAUAUGUAUAAUUGGAAGAUAUUUUAGAAAUAAACAUCCAAUAUCUACUAAAAGGAACGAACAAACAACACCGUUAAAUCCAUCAAAACAAACAAAUAGAACAAAAGGAUUUUGUCAAUCAGAUCAUGAUACAAGAGAUUUUUCACGUAAACCAAGGAAAUUACCUACGGAUGUAUAA